AUGGCCCCUCGUCCAGCAAUGCGAAACAGCCAGAAAGUUGGGCGGCAACGCUCGCAAGGCGAAAUACGGCCACAAGGUAUCAAGAGAGAACGACCACAACUUCAUUCUCGUCGAAGCGCACGUCUACAGGAACGAACUGUAUCCAAGGGCACGAACACUGAACCCAAGCACUCACUUCUCUCUACAACUCGCAACGCUACUGGCAAAGAGACCGAGAAGCGCAAGCGAAAGCGAGAACGAUCGCAAGACGAAGCCUCCCACCCUCCCCCGUCUCGAAAGCGGCUGCGGACGUCCCCUCCUCUCGAGGACACAAUCAGCGAGCUCAAAGAGGCCGACAUUAGUGAGGGGAUCGAGGAAUUCCGUUGGCCUAAGGAGUACUUUCGAUCAGGGCCCAACAUGAGUUAUCUGCUUGCGAUAAAGAAAUCUUCUUCAUCUCUUCGUGGCAAGCAAUCGGAAGCUGGCUCUACCGGAAGCGAUCAAAAACCGAGGGAGUCCAGUACUUCCCUUUAUGCGCGUCCAAGCUAUGAGACCAUCCUCGCCACCAAGGGUAGCUUCAUGGGCAAGUUCGGUUUGGGCAUCUCAGAUACGAGCAAGAAACUCUGUCAAACUUUACUUGGUGCAAAACAACCAGUCCCUCAAGAUUCGCUGUUCCGUGACGAUCUAUUCGACGAAACUUGCGAGAGUGUGCGAGCGAGGAAUGAAGCUUUGGUUGUUCGAGACAUCUCCCCACUGAUAUGUCCACCCGCGCAAGUCCUCAGAAUCUACGGUGCUAGUCAUCUAAAGCCUUUGAAUGAGAGUGUCAAUGAAGCCUGGACUUGCGCGAGACCUAUCUGCGGCCCUCGCCCACAACCUGAUUAUUCUGUGGGAUUCGGCCGAUCUGCAUUCACGAGUACGCAACUCGAGAAGCUUGCGCCUUUCGUUGGCGAGGUAGCAGACACUUUUACCUCUAUCUUCAUGGCGACUUGGCAGAUGUACUUUCCGUUCCUAACGUGUGAAGUAAAGUGCGGUGCUGCGGCUCUUGAUGUCGCCGAUCGGCAGAAUGCUCACAGCAUGACUCUUGCAAUGAGAGGUAUAGUGGAACUUUUUAGACUUGUAAAUCGCGAAAAGGAGCUUCACCGGGAGAUACUCGCCUUCUCAAUUUCACAUGACCACGAAACAGUUAGGAUCUACGGUCAUUAUCCUGUGAUUGAUGGGAACGAGACCACCUUCUACCGCCAUCCUAUCCGUAAAUUCGACUUCACGGAACUAGACGGAGAGAAGAAAUGGAUAUCAUACAUGUUCACUAAGAGCGUGUACAAUAUCUGGAUGCCGGGUCACUUGAAAAGAAUUGGUUCGGUUAUCGAUACUUUGCCACCUGGUAUGAUCGAGGCCUGGCAGCAAACCGAGCCGGGGGAAUCUGGACUUCUAAAGGGGUUAGAAUGUCACAAUCUCUCGAGCGCCGAUGCUGCAUCUCUGCCAGAGGAUGCCGACAGUCAAUCAAACUGUGUUGCCACGGGGGAUACUACCCCGGACACUUCCUUGUCUCGGAGGAUUGAAGGGGCGGCAUUCAAAAGGCCAAAGAAGCGGGAUCGGCACUAG